CGCGGCGUCGGCAAGAGCGCCAUGAUCGUGCGGUUCCUGACCAAGCGGUUCAUCGGGGACUACGAGCCCAACACAGGCAACCUCUACUCCCGGCUGGUCCAUCUGGAGGGCGACCACGUUGCCGUGCAGAUCCAAGACACGCCGGGGUGCAUCCAGGUGCAGGAAGACUGUGCACAGGUGCUGGACUCCUUGUCCAGGUGUGUGAAAUGGGCAGAGGGCUUCCUCCUGGUGUACUCCAUCACAGACUAUAGCAGCUACCAGUCAGUCCAACCUCUGUACCAGCACAUACGCAAGAUCCACCCAGAUGCCAGGACUCCCAUCAUCAUUGUAGGGAACAAAGCAGACCUCCUCCAUGCCAGGCAAGUGCAGGCAAAAGAGGGACUACAGCUGGCAAACGAACUAGGGAGCCUGUUCUUGGAAAUCUCCACAAGCGAUGACUCCCAGGGGGUCUGUGAUGUUUUCCAGUACCUUUGCAAGGAGGUCAGCAAACUACAGCAUGCCAGCAGCACAGACAAGAGGCGAUCAUCCAUCAUCCCUCGGCCCAAAUCUCCCAACAUGCAAGAUCUCAAGAGACGUUUCAAGCAGGCUUUGUCUUCCAAAGUCAAAUAA